AUGCUUAUGGACAGUGCUCCAGUUGCACCAGCAAGAGACAAAAUAGCAGUGACAAUGACAGCAAAGCCCGUAAAUGUUGCAGAGGAGAAUUUACAUUUGCCAGACAUAAACUCAACAGAAUAUGACAGAGUGUCAGAACUACCGGUAAAUACAUCUCUAUCAGCAGCUGGUUCAGCAGCAGCACAAGCAGUGGUACAGUCACAAGCAGAUGAGUCUUCAACUCGGCAAACAGCAGCUCCAGCUACAGUGCCUCCGCCACCUGCAUCAGAUCAGCAGCAGAAGAGACAUCAUCAUCACUGGCGGCAGCAGCACCAGCAGCAGCAACAACAACAACAACAACAACAGCAUAUCGAAUAA